UGGCUGUUAAACCUGGACUCCUGUACAGAUAGAUACACACACACUUGCACCCGGAGAGAUGGACUUUUCUCCGGCUGCUCGCCGGACGAGCAGAAAGCCGACAAAGUCAGAGCUCUACUCAACGUUUGUAGUUCAUAGCGAUGAGGAAGAUGACGAUGCCCAAACUCAAAAGAACCCUAAAAAGGUAGAUGCAGGAGAUAUAUACGCUACAAUGCUAUGUAAAGACGAUGACGAUCCAAACGACGACGAAUCACUACCUCCUCUCCUCAAGCACCUGCCGAAAGACUUCGGAGCCGAUGUAGAUUCCGACGACGAUGGAGAAAGCAUCUCCGGCACAAUGAUUGUAAAACCUGAUCGUAGACGCGUGCAAUCUCCGUAUAGGAGAGAGGAAUCCGACGAAGAAGAAGAUGAAGAUGAAGAAGGCACUGGUUUUGGGACGUUUGUGGUGAGAUCGAAGGAUACAGAGAGUGAGUCAGUAUCCGGGACAUUUGUGCGGCGGACUAGUGGCGGCAGUGGCGGGAUGUCAACAAUGAGUAGGGCGGUUGCUAGUAUGCAGGCGGUAGGAGAAGGAUUUGGGAGGCCAAGGAAAGGGAGUGCUACGCCAACAUCAUCUUCACAGGAUGAAGAAGGAGGGUAUUCACGGAAGCAGACUAGUAAAAUGUCUUCGGGUUCGAUUGCGGAUAGUGUUACGAGAGAAGAUCCAUCUACCAAGUACGAAUUGCUUCAUGAACUUGGAAAAGGUUCUUAUGGGUCUGUUUACAAAGCUCGUGAUUUAAAAACUUCAGAAAUGGUUGCAAUCAAAGUGAUAUCAUUAUCUGAAGGGGAAGAAGGGUAUGAAGAAAUUCGUGGUGAAAUAGAGAUGUUACAGCAAUGCAGUCAUCCUAAUGUUGUUCGUUAUUUAGGAAGCUAUCAGGGUGAGGAGUACCUUUGGAUUGUAAUGGAGUAUUGUGGUGGAGGAAGUGUUGCUGAUUUAAUGAAUGUUACUGAUGAGGCUUUAGAGGAGUACCAAAUAGCAUAUAUAUGUACUGAAGCAUUGAAGGGUUUAUCCUAUUUGCACUCCAUUUUCAAAGUGCAUCGCGAUAUUAAGGGUGGUAAUAUUUUAUUAACUGAACAAGGAGAGGUGAAGUUGGGUGAUUUUGGUGUUGCUGCACAACUAACAAGAACAAUGUCCAAACGUAAUACGUUUAUUGGUACUCCCCAUUGGAUGGCUCCAGAGGUUAUCCAGGAAAGUAGAUAUGAUGGGAAGGUAGAUGUGUGGGCCCUUGGGGUGUCUGCAAUAGAAAUGGCUGAGGGCCUUCCUCCAAGAUCAAAUGUGCAUCCAAUGAGGGUGUUAUUUAUGAUUUCCAUUGAACCAGCUCCUAUGCUUGAAGAUAAAGAGAAAUGGUCUCUUGUGUUCCAUGAUUUCAUUGCAAAAUGCCUUACAAAAGACCCUCGUAUACGCCCCACUGCUUCUGAGCUGUUAAAGCAUAAAUUCAUAGAAAAAUGCAAAUCUGGAGCUUCUGCAAUGUUGCCCAAGCUUGAGAAGGCAAAGAUAAAUAGGGCUGCUAUGGCUUUGGAAGCAGAACAUGUUGCUUCAGAGACCAUACCUGGAUACGGGACACUUGGAGCAAAAAUGAAUGAAGAAUAUGGAGAUACUGUUCCAUCUAAGCCUCAUCAAGUGCCUAAUGGAGGAGUACCUCUUGUGGGUGGUUCAGUAAAACCUGAUGCUCUAGAAGAGGAAAGAGAAGGUGAUUUUGGAAGCGUGAUAAUCCAUGGUGGAGUUGAUAUAGAGAAAACAGCUGCUAAAACACCAUCGGCUCAAAUGACUAAAGAGCCCUCAUCCUCGUCAGCACAUGGUCAAAUCUUGUCAAUGGCUGAUCCUGGAGAAGAUUCAGUUAGUCCAUGGUUGACCAAGAAAGUUACUACAGUUGAAACACCGGGUACCGAACCCACAUCACAAGCUACGGGAACCAAUGGUGGUGUCAUCACGGGGACAACUAAGAAUGAAGGUGUUAAUCGCAAAGCACUAGACAAGCUGUGGUCGAUAUAUGCUGCUGGGAACACAGUGCCGAUUCCAUUUUUAAGGGCAACGGAUAUAUCUCCAAUUGCAUUGUUGUCUGAGAAUGUGCUUGGAAGUCAACAUUUGGAUAAUGUUGGAAAUGUCGCUGUUGAAGCAUUACAAGACCUUUUCACUAGCGAUGGACAGUCUAAUAAGAAGAACCGAAGACAGAAUGAGUUGCCUCUUCCUCCAAGUGUCUACCAAAGACUCACUUCAAGUCCAACAUUGAUGAAUCUCGCACAAGCUUUAUCAUAUCAUAAAAUGUGCUAUGAAGAGAUGCCGUUGCAGGAACUACAGGCAACUCAAGAACAACAAACGAUUCAGAACCUUUGUGAUACCCUUCGAACUAUUUUAAGGUUAUAGGUUGUCUCUGUUAUAUAUAUAUAUUUCUAGAUAUUUUCUUUAACCUGUAAUAUCGUUGUGUGAAAUUCUUGAUAUAAUAAGUUAAUGUCAAUACAAGGUAAGUAAACCCA